AUGGUGCUUGGUUCGGUACCGAUACGGUCGGCAACAAUUUCCACUCUAUUGACGCUUUGCUGGUGUGUUUGUGUAAAUACAUCCGGUGCUGUAUGUAAGCCUAUUUUACUUAGUAGGCACGAUAUCUAUAGUGAUUACUAUAAUGAAGUAUCCGAUGAGGAGCAAGAACAACCGGCGUACCCUCAAAAUGCUGCGCUUAACGACGCAAAUUGCGGUGUAGAUGGUCGCAGUGCGAUUACAAAGCGAGUACUCAAUGGCAGCUCUGCGGACGACCAUCUGUUUCCCUGGGCGGUUAAACUCUACCGCGUUGACGAACGUGGCAAGCUCGGUCUUUGUACAGGCAGUCUUAUUUCGGAUCGACACGUUCUUACAGCCGCUCAUUGCGUUUAUGGUAAGGACUACGUAGGUGGCAUCAUCGUGUUGAUGGGUUCUGCUAAUCCUCAUCUGCGGUCGCAUCAGACUGUUAAAAGAACCGUCGAAGCCAUUCGAAUGUAA